GAUCCGUGCGAAGACGGCGGCGCCGUUCGUCGCUGUCCGCCGGAACGUUAGGGUUGGGGUCGACGUCGAAGGGAGGUCAUCCAAUCGCCGACAGAUCUACGCUGACCCGAUCUGCGUCUUUCGAGGUACAAGGUCCAAGCCAAUUAGGUACUGGUUGAGUAUACGAAUCAAGAUGAGCAGUCAGGAUGCCAAACUGCUGCAACACUUGGUCCUCAAUCUUGCAUCAUCAGUGGAAACUGGUGCUUUCAAUAUUAGAAGCUUUCUAGAAGAGGCUUUUCGGCAUUUGGGUGACGAGCAUUACCUUCUCAAUGCUCUACUUGCAAUUCGAAAGGAGGUAGACCAGAUGGAGCAGGAUGCACUUGAGAGCAAAGCAAGGUCUGACCCAGAGAAGGAGAGGAUGGAGGAACAAAUUAGCCUUGCGGAGCCUGUGAGGCCAGUGCCUAGACAAAUAACUUUCACCCCACCUUCCUCCCCAGAACUGUAUGAGGCCAGUGACAAUGACUCCUACGACUCGGACAGGUCCACUAGGUAUAGCAUUUGGAACCUGUAAUUGUGGUACGUAGACUACGUUGUUAGUACUAGUAAUGCAUCGAAAUGA